AUGAACGAAUUGCAAUGCGUAUUGGCUAUUAAUAACUACGGAAAGAUUUUCACACUGUCUGCGUUUGAUGACCAAUGGAAACCGUUUCCCCAUAUCGGCAUGGAUUUGAAACAUAUUUCCGCCAUCGAGAAUUACAUGUGGUCCAUCGGAGGCGACAACCAGACGUAUCUGUUGGUGCACAACCUGGACGGAGCGAUACGAAUCAAGGAAGAAGUAUAUGAAAACGAGCGAUGGAUGCCCGUCGGGAGUUUUUCAAAAAGACUUUUGCCCACCGAUAGAUAUUGUUGGUCGUCGGAAAACGGUAAAGAAGAAAAAUUGAUGGAGAAUAUAAAAUUGCCCUCUUUUGUCUGGCAAUGGGAACAUGAUUGGAAGUUGGAGACUACGUUCGAGGAAAACGAUUUAGACAACAACGGUUGGACAUAUGCGGUCGAUUUUUGUGCAAAGUUUUAUCCAACCAAACGCUGGAAUUCAUGCGUUAGGAGGAGAAAAUGGUACAGGAAUCGAAUAUACACAGGCAUGAAUUCUUGGUGUAUAAUUUCUCCUCUGCACAAAGAUUUUACUCAGGAACCAUUUAUUUGCGUUAGCAUUGGAGGGCAUAAGAUACCCGAAGCCCAACUUGGUGUCAUUAUGGUAUGGGCGGUGACAGCACAAGGAAGGAUUUUCUACCGUAAGAACGUAAACAAAAUGUGGCCCGAAGGCUGUUUGUGGGUCUGUGUUCCUACCAAAGAAGGCAGUGAAUCCAGAUAUAUUGAUUGUGGUCCGUCGGGUUCUGUUUGGGUAGUUUUAUGGAGUGGUGUCAUACUAGUCAGAAAAGAAGUCAGUGCUGAAACUCCACAAGGUAAAAAAUGGAUUAUGGUUGAAUCUCCGGAAGCAGAUUCCAAAAUAACUCAAUUAUCAGUCGGGUUUCAGUCAGUGUGGGCAAUUACUAAUGAUUCCAGAGUAUGGUAUAGAAAAGGAAUUGAUCAAAAUCUCAGUGAAGGAACUUGUUGGGUGAAAUUAAACACAUUUAUGUUUUCAGUCUCCGUAACCCCAAACGAUCAAGUAUUUUCAGUGGGUUUAGAUAGGCAUUUAUAUUUUAGGAGUGAUAUAUCUAAAAAUUAUCCUACUGGUAAAAAGUGGAUUCAUAUACAGGCAUCCAUUGAAAUUGAACAACCUAAAGUACAGGAGACAAAACAGGAAGGGAUAGAAUCAUGGAUAUCAUCAUCAUUUACUGAGCCUUCACAUUCUGCUCCAACACGUCUGGUUGGAAAUGAUUCAAAAAAUAAUUUAAACUUGAAUGCAAAAGAAAUCAAUCCUUCUCAACGCCGAGUGUCUGCUUGGAGUCCUAAACUUAGCAUUGGGUCUUUAAUUGGCAUGGAAGCUAAACCGGAUUCAUUUAUGGAAAUUAAAAGUAAUAUUUCAAUUAAAAAACCAAAAACAUUUUGGAGUUCUGUAGUGGGAGGCUCAAUUGAACCAGAUGUUUGUUUUAUUUCACAAUGGUUUAAUUCUCCAAAUGAUAGAGAAACUAUUUUUAAAAGCAAAUGGAGGCGAGAAAUAUUGGACAAAUUAAUUGUGUUGAGGUUAAAAGAAAAAGAAUUUCAACAAAUCACUUCUUUUGCUUUGUAA